AUCUGUGAAUGAUCACAGAGGUCACAUGGUACAAGGCUAUUCACAACAGCCUUGUACCAUGUGACAAGCUGUAACCAAUCACAGCUCACUCAGUAGUUCUCAAUGGCUGCAAGAAGGACCUCUGUAUGAGGUCCCGAUCAUGUGAUCACUGAUUGGCCAAUCAGUGAUCACAUGCAGAGUAGUAAGCAAGAUGUCACUUGUGACAUCAUUGCUUACUACGUUUUACGUGUGACAUCUGUGAAUGAUCACAGAGGUCACAUGGUACGAAGCUAUUCACAACAGCCAUGUACCAUGUGACAAGCUGUG